AUGGCUGAUCAGCAGGCACAAGCCGCAACACUGAGAAAUUUGGAGCACCAUGUGGGCCAACUUGCCAGAGCCCAAAAUACCAGACCAGUAGGGGCUCUUCCGAGUGAUACUGAUCCCAAUCCUAAAGCUCAAGUCAAUGUGGUUACCUUGAGAAAUGGAAGAGCAUUAGAAAAAGUUCCAAAGAAAAAGAAGAAUAUAGCUCAUCCCCAAGGAGAAUUAGUUCCCAAGCCAAUUGAGGGGAAUGAGAAAGAUGAUAAAGAACUCGAGCUAGUAAUUGGGAAUAGGCCACCACCUCCGUUUUCACAAAGACUGCAGAAGCAAAAAGAUGAUGCUAAGUAUAAGAAAUUCCUAGAUAUUUUGAGCCAAGUGAGUGUGAAUUUGCCUUUGGUGGAAAUUUUGCAGGAAGUGCCUAAGUAUGCAAGAAAACAAGAAGUUGGUAGAGCCCUACGUUAUUUAGGGGCUAGUAUAAAUUUGAUGUCAUCCUCUUUGUUCAAGCAACUCGGAUUGGGGGUGCUUAGACCUACUACAAUCACUUUACAGUUAGCAGAUAGGUCACUAGUCAUCCCAGAAGGAAUUAUUGAGGAUGUGUUAGUUCGAGCAGAUGAGGAAGUGCCCAUUAUUUUGGGGCGACCAUUCUUAGCUACUGGUGGAGCAGUUAUUGAUGUGAGGGCAGGGAAGUUAAAAAUGAGAGUUGACGAUGAGGAGGUCACUUUUAAUGUGUACAAGGCACUUAAGCUCCCUAAGCAUUAUGAGGACUUGUGCAUGAUUACUAUGGUUGAAUUGAAGGGAAUAGAGCAGAGUCAGUAUGUGAAUUAUAGUGAUCCAGAUGGGAGAACUGAGUUAGAGGAGGUGGUGUUUCCAGCUGAGCGUGUAAAGAUGAUUGAGAAAAGAGCUAGAGAUGAAAGAGGAGACCUUCCGAGAGUGUGCAAAAAGGCUAGACUUCAUGGGAGAAAGAAGAAGAGAAAGCGCCCAGCCUGA